AGGCUGACCAACGUUGAUGAACCGAGCAGUGACCGACUGACUAGAAUACCCUGUUUGAUGUUUGAUCUUAAAAACCCUAACGCACCAACAAGCCUGAAAUCUCAAACCCAAACCCAAACCCAAACCUCAAACCAGUAUUCGUUUCUUUGACAUAUAGAUUUGGAUGGAAAUGCAGCUUUAAGCAUAUUAAUAGAUAGUGAUAGUAAGAGUAGUAGUAGUAGUAGUAGUAGUAUGCAGAAGACGAAGAAGAUAAUCAUAAUAAUAAGCAGGCCUUCUUCUUGGAUUGGUGUAUCAUUCAUGCGAACGUCUCGCUUUCUCACUGGCCUUCGCCACUACCCCUCCUCCGCUCUUGGCUCUUCUUCUCGAUCCACAGCCACAACCCUCUCUCGCACUGGAUCUAUUACUCUCUCUGAAAUUUUUGAAACAAAGAAACUCGUCGAUCAUCGAGGAGGAGGAGGAGGAGGAGGAGGCAGAGGCCGAGAUCGAUAUCGAGGGGGGUUCUUCAUUUCUCCAUUUGCUUGUUACGGAGGAGAUCGAGGGGGGUUCUUUAUUUCAUUCGAUUCUAACCAUCACCACCACUGCUGCUUCCGCCGAAGUUUUUUCACCAGAGCCAAAGAAAUAAAGAAAUUAGAAGUUCAACAUGAUCAUAGCCAGCGAGCAGUAACAACAGCAUUAUGGUGCAACUUUCUUGUCUUUUCUCUGAAGUUUGGGGUCUGGUUAUCCACUUCAAGCCAUGUCAUGCUGGCAGAAGUUGUUCAUUCAGCUGCAGAUUUUGCAAACCAGGCACUUCUUGCUUACGGUUUAAGUAGUUCGAGACGUGCCCCGGAUGCUAUCCACCCUUAUGGUUAUUCCAAAGAAAGAUUUGUAUGGUCCUUAAUAUCUGCUGUUGGUAUCUUUUGUCUUGGUUCUGGUGCUACAAUUGUUCAUGGCAUUCAGAACUUGUGGACUUCUCAGCCCCCUGCAAAUAUUCAAUAUGCAGCUUUGGUUAUUGGUGGCUCAUUUUUGAUUGAAGGUGCUUCUCUUGUUGUGGCCAUACAUGCUGUCAGGAAAGGUGCAGCUGCAGAGGGUAUGACAGUGAGAGACUAUGUCUGGCGCGGUCAUGAUCCCACAGCUGUUGCAGUCAUGACAGAGGAUGGUGCUGCAGUAACAGGUCUGCUUAUUGCUGCUGCAUCAUUGGUUGCUGUGAAUACCACAGGAAAUGCAAUUUAUGAUCCCAUUGGUUCAAUUAUAGUGGGCAAUGUUCUUGGAAUGGUGGCUGUAUUUCUCAUUCAGAGGAAUCGUCAUGCUUUGAUUGGUAGAGCAAUUGAUGAUCAUGAUAUGGAAAGGGUUCUUCAUUUUCUGAGAAAUGACCCGGUUGUAGAUGCUGUAUAUGACUGUAAAAGUGAGGUGAUUGGGCCUGGAUUUUUUAGAUUUAAGGCUGAAAUAGAUUUCAAUGGUGUCAUACUGGUGCAGAAUUAUCUGAAAAGGACAGGACGUGAAGAGUGGGCCAAACAGUUUCGAGAAGCUACAAAGGAGAAGGAUGACACUGCAUUGCUCAAGCUCAUGUCGAACUAUGGUGAAGAAGUGGUCACAGCUCUUGGGAGUGAAGUUGAUAGGCUAGAAAACAAAAUCCAGGAAAUUGUCCCCGGUAUUCGCCAUGUUGACAUUGAGGCCCACAAUCCUAUUGGCCCAUCCCCAUGAUCCCCCCGCGUUUGUACAUGUAUGCAGUAAUUUUUACCACUAUUUUUUUACUGAUCCAUUAUUAUUAUAUAUGAUUAAACAUUCAGCAAGAAAUAUCAUACGAAAGGCUUCUUCUGAGUACAAAAGAUGAAGCCAUUCUACUACACUGAUGUAAUUUGUAAAUGUUAAUAGUGAGAUUUCUUUGGUUUGAGCCAAGGCAGGCAGGCAGGAGUGAGAAGCACGGGUGAGCUAAAUGUGCACCUAAUUUCUCUUUCGGUUUUGAAUAUUGUAGUUUUAAGUAAAUAAAUCAACAUUCCUUGGGUGAGUUUUGGUUU